AUGAACCAGAAGAGACACAACAGGUCCAAUCAGACGAGAACAAGAGACUCAGAACGACCAGAAAGACACAAAACCAAGAUAAAGACUCACAAAUGGAAUCCACGACCUGCUCUGACUCACAGCCGCUCAGCGACUCGUGGGGGAGUUUUCCUGUCGCACCGGUUUGUCGAGUUCAGAGCAGGAAGUCCUCCGAGUCUAGACGAGCAGCCGCCGGCUGAACCNAGCCGACCCUCUGAGGGACUAGAGGCUGAACCGAGCCGACCCUCUGAGGGACUAGAGGCUGAGCUGACCCAGCAGGUCCGUCCGGGGGUUCUAGUCGCGAUGGCCCACGGCUCGGUUCUGACUCUGGUUCUGACUCUGACUCUGGUCCUGCUGAUGCUCUGCAGUGCUGCCGAGGCUCGAGUCCGACUGAACUCCAUCAGAACCGUGAUCAUCAGAGAGGAGCCGGCGGCGAACAGGAGCAGCUGGGAGGCCGGCAUGGACCUGACGCUCUACCGGUGCAUGAGCGACCUGGAGUGCAGCGAGGGCAGCUUCUGCCACGCCCCCACCAGAGGCCCCGCCCACUCCCGCUGCCAGGCCUGCCGGCGGAGGAAGAGGCGUUGCCAUAGGGACGGCAUGUGUUGCCCCGGCAACAGCUGCAGCAGCAACGUCUGCGUCGCCACCGAGGACGGCUCCACGUCUCAGCGGAUCGCCGGCGCUCACGGAGGUCCGGCGUCCACUGAGAAGCGCCGGCGGGAGAGAGGCGGGGCGGAGGUGGGCGGAGCCUCAGGUACAGGUCGGGUCGGCGAUCCGUGUCUCCGGUCCUCCGACUGCUCCGACUCGGCGUGCUGCGCGCGACACUUCUGGACCCGCAUCUGCAAGCCGGUGCUGCAGGAGGGACAGGUGUGCACGCGACACCGCCGCAAAGCCGGCCACCGCGGCCUGGAGCUGUUCCAGCGCUGCUCCUGCGCCGACGGGCUGAGCUGCCGGACGCUGCCGGACGCCGGCGUCCAGCCUUCGUCCUCCUCGCUGCUCGCCGCCGCCGCCAAGUCCAAGUUCGCCCCGUCUCACCGCUCCUUCGUCGCUUUGUCGGCGAAGCCUUCGCCGGUGAAGAUCCGGCUUCACGUCUGCCAGAGAAACUGA